AUGUCUUCUGAGAAUCGACAGAAUCAGAAAACUUCCAACGGUACGGGCAGCAGCCUCAAUGCAGGAAAUCUUAGCCACCUGCCGGAUGAGAGCAAGAACGGCACUGUCGAUCGAUUCGUCCGGGCAGCAGCUGCGGAUGAGCCCUAUUUUGCUCGAGCGCGCAUGCCGAGUCGGUCUGAGCAUAUGUCACGGCUCUCGACUCAGCUUGACGCAACGGAUAAAAUCAUGCAAAAAUGA